UAUUUUGACAUGCGCACAUCGUCGAUGAAGAAAAGCUGCGUAUCCAACCAUCAAACUUGUAAACAUUAGCGAGCCGAAAUCCCUGUGUUUUUCUUCGUCUGAUUUUGGCAUGUAAAUACAAGGCUUUUAAGGUGUGGUACAAAACACUGUUCUACCUUGCAUGGACCCAAAGCUGAUGCGCAGGGCCACCAGCGCACGUCAAGACGCCACUGGAAUGGACAUCACCAGCCGCUGUACUUUGGGGGACCCUAACAAGCUUCCCGAAGGGGUCCCCCAGCCUGCGCGCAUGCCGUACGUCUCGGACAAACACCCACGGCAAACCCUAGAAGUGAUAAACUUGCUGAGAAAGCACCGUGAGCUCUGUGAUGUGGUACUUGUGGUGGGUGCCAAGAAAAUUUAUGCCCAUCGUGUCAUUCUUUCUGCUUGCAGUCCUUACUUCAGGGCAAUGUUUACUGGGGAGCUUGCUGAAAGUAGACAGACUGAAGUUGUUAUUCGAGAUAUUGAUGAGAGAGCAAUGGAACUGUUGAUCGACUUUGCCUAUACUUCGCAGGUGACUGUAGAGGAAGGGAAUGUUCAGACCCUGCUUCCAGCAGCCUGUCUGCUCCAGCUUGCUGAGAUCCAGGAGGCUUGCUGCGAGUUCCUCAAGAGGCAGCUGGAUCCUUCCAACUGCCUGGGUAUCAGGGCAUUUGCAGACACUCACUCCUGCCGGGAACUGCUUCGCAUUGCAGACAAAUUCACGCAACACAAUUUUCAAGAGGUUAUGGAAAGUGAGGAGUUCAUGUUACUACCCGCCAACCAGUUGAUUGAUAUAAUUUCCAGCGAUGAACUUAAUGUGCGAAGUGAGGAGCAGGUUUUUAAUGCUGUGAUGGCCUGGGUGAAAUAUAGCAUUCAGGAACGCAGACCACAACUACCCCAGGUUCUACAACAUGUCAGACUACCGCUCCUUAGCCCCAAAUUUCUGGUGGGCACUGUGGGCUCAGACCCUCUUAUCAAGAGUGAUGAAGAAUGCAGAGACCUGGUUGAUGAAGCUAAGAACUACCUGUUGCUGCCACAAGAAAGGCCACUGAUGCAAGGCCCAAGAACCCGGCCAAGGAAACCCAUACGGUGUGGUGAAGUCCUUUUUGCAGUUGGUGGUUGGUGCAGUGGUGACGCCAUAUCCAGUGUGGAACGUUACGAUCCUCAGACCAAUGAGUGGCGGAUGGUGGCAUCAAUGAGUAAGCGGCGUUGUGGAGUGGGUGUCAGUGUCCUGGAUGACUUGCUGUAUGCUGUAGGAGGACAUGACGGCUCCUCCUAUCUCAACUCAGUAGAGAGAUAUGAUCCAAAGACCAACCAAUGGAGCAGUGAUGUGGCCCCAACUAGCACCUGUCGAACCAGUGUAGGCGUAGCUGUUCUUGGUGGUUUUUUGUAUGCGGUAGGAGGACAGGAUGGGGUUUCCUGUCUCAACAUUGUUGAAAGGUAUGAUCCAAAAGAGAACAAAUGGACUCGUGUGGCCUCCAUGAGCACCAGGCGACUAGGUGUCGCCGUGGCUGUGCUCGGAGGUUUUUUGUAUGCUGUAGGAGGCUCUGAUGGGACAUCCCCAUUAAAUACAGUGGAGCGUUACAAUCCUCAGGAGAACCGAUGGCACACCGUAUCUCCAAUGGGUACGCGGCGUAAGCACCUUGGCUGUGCAGUCUACCAAGACAUGAUUUAUUCUGUUGGAGGCCGGGAUGACACAACAGAGUUGAGCAGUGCAGAGCGUUACAAUCCCAGGACCAACCAGUGGUCUCCUGUAGUCGCUAUGACAUCCAGACGGAGUGGGGUGGGCUUAGCUGUAGUCAAUGGUCAAUUGAUGGCAGUAGGAGGAUUUGAUGGGACGACAUAUUUGAAAACUAUCGAAGUUUACGACCCUGAUGCCAACACAUGGAGGUUGUACGGAGGAAUGAAUUACCGACGACUAGGUGGUGGAGUGGGCGUCAUUAAAAUGACUCACUGUGAAUCCCACAUAUGGUAACGCUAGCCUCCCUCACAGACACACACACACACACACAGCCUUCGAAGUGGACGCCACCAACACUCAUACCUCCAUAAAAGACUGUUACUUAUGUGAGGAUAAAAGAAAUGUUUGGACGACACUGAAAGCAGAACGCAUUUCCUACUCAUCAUCAUCAUCCCUCCUUCAACUUUCAAAACUCUUGUCUUCAGUGAUUGAACAUUAUCUCCUUGUUAUGCAUUGUGCACAGAGAGCACACGCUGGGCAUCACUGAAGCGCCAGAUUGGAAAAGCAGUUAUAAGGACCCUUCCAGUGACCUCAUCUUACUUUUACCUUCAAAGCUUUUAGCUCAAAAACUGACUUGCAAUUGUGUAGGUUUGUUUAAUGGAGACGUGUGGGCAGUGACUGUUUCUAAACCUUAGAACAAGGGAGGGGGUUAAAAGAUCAUCAAAGGAGGCAAAAUAAAACAUUGUACAGCAUCCAGCAAACAAGCAAUCAUUUUGUCCAGUUUCCAUGAGACAGAUAACGAACGCUAACUCAAUAUACAACCUACUCACAUUUCCACAUAGCUUGUACGACAUCCCAGUUAAUAUUUAUGUAUGCAAUUUAAACAGAAAGCGAUCAAAACAAAUUGCUGCUUGUCGAUAAAAAGCAUCUUUACAAUCCUGCCACUUUCCAACAGAAAAAUCGGGACAAGCAAGUCACAUCCUAUUUGUGACUUGCCUAUAUAUGACACAUGCCUAGCAUUGUGUUUUAUGACGAUGUGUUUUGAAUACUUUGUUCAGGCCCCUCGUCACACUACUGCAAUAAAUAAAAGUUUAAACUCCAAAAUCAGUCAUUUCUGUCGCUCGCCGAGUCUCGUUCUGAAACAGCUCAGUGUGCUUUUAGCUGACUUGCACAAUUAAAUUUGUGCGGAGAGUCCACAUAUGAAAAGUUGAUUUCCUUUUUAACAAAAGAGGCCACACUGUCCUAAGUUAAUAUAGUUGUUAUUGAUCACUUUCAAAAGCAGACUAAUAAACAUUUGAUGAGAUUGUGGCUAUAAAAGAAAAAAGAAAUGGUGGAAACAACCGUCAGAGUUUGGUCUGGAAAUCGUGUUGCUUGCUUACUGGAUUACUGCAUUUUUUUUUUUUUUUUUUUUAGAAUUAGCUUCCCUUUUGAAAAGUAUUCAGUUAUCUAUAGCUUUAAAAAAAAAUCUCAAGAACAGGCCAAGGCUUUCUAAAUUGGAUUGCUGACACUUACAAUUAACUUAGACAAAUAUGAAAAUCAGCUUUCAUCCCUCUUGUUCCAUCAAGUUGUUCUGCUUUGGGUCACAUUACUUCUGAGCGGGCUUGUGUGCAGCAAUGUGGUGCAAUAGUGCCACCUGCUGGUAACUGUGGAAUAGUGCAGCUGUUCCUUUGUAAUCGUGCUGCCUUUCCAAUAGGUGGGGUUGACCUUGGGUGGAAACGGUUCAUGACAGACGUUUAUAUACUCAGAAUGUAUUGCAGUGCAACUGGAAGUGAGUUUCAGAUGUAAUUUAAUUUCUUUAAAUCUAUUUUGUUGUACUUUGCUAAACUUUGCAUACAAAUAUUUCAAGUCACCAGUUGUUUUGGAGGCAAACAUUUAGACUGUUUAAUGCAGUGGUGCUUGAUGUUUUGACUGGCUUUUGUUUCAAAGUGCUUUGUGUGUGCGUGUGUGUGUCACUGCAAUCACAAAGCUCAUAACGAUAAGUAAAUGUUAAAGGCAGCUCAUCUCCGAUUUCACAAUUUCAUGAAGGAACAAAUGCUCUCUAGGAUUAAUGUUCGAGGAAAGUUAACCCCGCCAAUCUGCCAUGUUCUUAGUUAUGCAAGUCUUUGUGUUACAGAUGCAUCUUUCACAAAAUUCGAUCAUUUCAUGCAUUUUAUUAUUUGUUUUUAUUUUUUUAACAACAUGCACCAUUUAGCCUCGUUUUAGAAAACAAAAGUGAAAUCCUCUUGCUGAAAAAUGCCUAAUUCAGUUAUGCAGUUUUACUGCCAUUAUGAAAUGUACCACACAGCCCUUUUUUUGUGUCAGGGCAAAAACAAAUCUGCUAUUAAUGCUCAAGGAGUACAGUUGCUCAAGAAGAAGAGCUAUAAAUGAUUUAAGUAUGUCCUCACUAUUUUUUCCCUCCAAGUACAUGUUCUUUCUUAAAAAGCCUUAAUUUGAGCAUUUUCUUCAACAGUUUUACACUUUUCUGGGGUUUCUGUACAUGGUUCAAAACUAGACGGGAGUUUUCCAGGACUAAUGUGCUCUUGUAACGAUCAGUUGGAACUUGUUUGGUGUGACCUCUGUGAAGUAUGUCCUACUUGUAAUCUGAAUAGAAUUCCUAACACAGAUUCAGUUUUAAGCUAUGGCCUCAACAUCAAAAAUGUUCUCCAUGAAAAUAAUAAAAUUUGUUUUAGUGGGGAAAGAAAGGUUCCCGUGUUCAUGUAUGUUGUAUGUUUUCUAUGAUAAAAUUAUUUUCGUGUCUGACCUGAAAA